AUGCAUGAGAAGUUACAAGAUACUAUUAUGGAAGCUUGGAACUAUCUUGUGUUUGGUAGUGCUAUGAUGAAAGUGUGGAAUAAGCUUAAAAAUGUUACGGGCAAGAAUCAAGAAACUAAUGCGAAUGAUCAGAUAAAAUACUGGACUGGUAUCCAAGAGAGUAUCUAUAGACAGAAGUCCAGGGUAGAUUGGGUGAAGUUGGAUCUUGAGCAAGUAGCUGGUGAGAUCAGUAAGUUCUAUAAAAAGUUGUUGGGUCAAAGAGCUACUUGGCUUCCUGCUAUAGAUAUGGCUACCAUGAGGAGAGGGGAACAUUUGAGUGUUUACUCACAACAAUUUCUUCUCUCUCCUAUUACUCAUGAUGAGAUUGACGCUACAUUAAAGAAUAUUGAUGAUUCUAAAGCUCCUGGAAUUGAUGGUGGAAAUGCACCACUAUCACCCUGGUCCCUAAAAUUUACAAGCUGCACUGUAAUUUACAAGCUGGUUUCUAAAAUCAUUAUAGCUGGACUUGCUAAGGUGAUAGGGGAGGUUAUGGAUGGUGCUCAAGCCAGGUUUAAUCCUAGUAAACAUAUUGGGGAUAACAUUUUGUUGGCUACUGAGUUUAUUAAGGGAUAUUCUCAUAAGUUCAUUACUCCAAGGUGUAUGUGUAACACCCCAAUAAUUAUUUGUAGAAUCAUGAAUUGA